CCUUUUCUCUCUUCAAAUGAUUUUCCAUGUUAUAUAUAUAUAUAAUAUACGUUCUCUGGUAGAGGCAAUGAUAUGGAAAAUCAUUUGAAAAGAAAAAAGGACAAAGUGGCAGCAGAUGCUUCUCUUCAAACUUCAAUCAUAACAUUGAAGAACAAAAAGUGAAGCGAUAAUAACCAAUGUUUUUGCACCUUACGCAUUGGAAUUCCUCAAGUCUAAUUUACAGAUAGCCCGAUUCAUUUGUUUGUCGACCAGCGCUUUCAAUCGCAGAGCAAUCAAGAUGUUUUCUGUCGUCAUUCGUUAUUUUAUAUGGUAAAAUAAUUGAACUUUUACAAAAAAAAGGUGAAACGUCGGAUAUGAUUUUUUCAUUCAUUAAAAGAGCCUUGGAAAAUCUUGAUUUGACUGAUAAAUUGAUCGCUUACUGUAGUGACAGUGCGCAAAUUAAUUUCGGUCACGUUGAUCCAAAAAGUGAAGGAAAUGUUUUUGCAAAAUUAAAGAAAUUAAAAUCGAACAUAGUUUAUGUAGGUUGUGCAGCGCAUAUCGUACAUAAUGCGAUUCGUAACGCAUGUAAUGCACUCGAUGUUGAAAUUGAGAGCAGUGUUGUUCAGAUCUACACUCAUUUUUACAUGCACUUCGUUUGCACAGAAGCAUUGAAGUCAAUCUGCGAGAUUUCUGGAGACGAAUACGAUCAACUGGUUGGUUACUGCAAAACUCGGUUCAUUAGCUUGAGAGAAGCUUUGGCGAAAACCAUUCGAAUGUUCCAACCUUUGAAAACGUACUGGUUCAUUUUUGCUUAUGAACAGACCUUGAUUUUCGAGGAAACAAAAAAGAAAAUUGAAGGCGAUGAUAUUCCAGCAGUUGCAAUUUACAAACACUUGCAACAUUUAAUGAACAAUUUGCAAACAUCCAACCAACACAAUUACUUUCAUAUGCAAGUAAAAGCGGAAAUGGAAAACCUGAAUAAAGAAGACUAUGAUUUGAAACAUUUUUAAGUAGAGGCGAGUAAAAUUUUCAUUUUACACCUCAAUUUUAGUUUUCUCAUAUUUGCCUUCAAUAUGUCAAUCAGGUGAUUUCUACUAAUAUCUUGAGGCAUGGACUCAACAGUUUGCUCAUGUAAAACUAUUUGGUUGGGUGCUACUCACUGAUAAACUCGACUGUGAAAAAAUUGAGAAAACGUUUAUUUUCCUCACAAAAAAUUAUAUUUUGAAAGCAUCAGACACUACUUCACUUAAGCUGUUCGAACAAUUCACUUAUAUUUCUCAGUAUAUAGUAGACAAACGAAUUGAUGAAUGAAGCAAAGAGCAGAAAUCUGCUGACAAACGUUGGGUUUAAUGUUUUACUUUUCUGUUGAAGCAAAAAACACCAAUCGUUGAGCUUUCAGAGAUCGUUGAAUACGCUCUGGCACUACCAGGAACAUCGGCACCAGUGGAACGAAAAUUUUCCACAAUUAACAGAAUGUGGACAUACGAAAAAACUCGCCUACAAGUCAGCAGCACCGUGAAAUCGAUUUUAUUUGUGAAGAAAAAUUUUAAAAUUUCUUUUUUGGAAUUUUUCACUCAUUUAAAAUUGCAGCCUGGGCUUCUUCGAAAAAUCAGUCAAGAAGAGAAAUACGUCAGACCGAAGACGUCUUCAACAAUGCCGGAAAGACCGCCCACUUCAUCAACUUAUAUACAAACGAAUAAACCAGACAGUGAUUAAAUUUUUUAAUAUUACUUUGCUUUCUUUUUAAUCAUUUCCAUUCUUUUCGAAUAAAGUUGUGUUGCUUUCCCCCCCUAUCAUAUGUCGCGAUUUUCAGUGAAUUGUAAUAUGGAUAAUAUGUAAAAACCCGUCCCGGAUUUUGCCGGAAAAAAUAUAGUCACUUAAAGUUAAAGUUAAA